ACGUCCUCCUUGUCUUUCAGGUACCAACUUCAUAUCCCGUAUGAGUUCGAUCAGUCAGUGAGGGACAGAUUGCCUUCUCUGCGAACUACUAGCUAGCUAUGUAGUUAGGCAGUUUACAGCUAAUUAUAUCGAGUGAAUCACACAGUCAGGGCGCAGUAAUUUUGAUAAACACAUAGUUACGCUACUGCAAACUGCCCUUAUUAUCAGCAUUUUAACAUAAUCUGCGCGCUUCGCUGAAAUGCUUCUCCUGGCCGGCGUAAGGGAUGGAAGGGCUAACAGAAGUGUGAUAUGUGUCCUGCUGCCCCUGGCUGUCGCCGUGUUGAUGUCGGCCGGAGUUGCUGGGAUCCAGGAGGAACACAAACCAGUCCAAGAACAAACGCCACAAGAGGUAGCUAGCUAGCGAUCAUCAAUAAAAUGCAAUACACCGAUGUUUCGCAUGCAUGCUAACGGUAGCGGACUAGCUAGCUAACUAACGUUAGCAACUCGAAAGCAUUCCACAUAGAUAGCUAAUGCUAACUAGCUAGUUAGUAUAGCCAAAGUAACGUCACCACCACCAGUAUCUAUUCCCCUAGUCACUGACCUCCUUUCGAGGUUCACGUUUUGGGGACAUGGAUUGGGGGGAAACAUUGCAAUCUGGGUUUGCUGGCUGUUCCUUUCGAGCUCGUGUGGUGUUCAGUUCCGCGUUCUGUUCAUGUCACGAGCCCAAGUCAGGAAGUUGAACUAGCAAUCAGUGAAGUAAUUGAUUCUCAUAGCUAACGAGUAUUAUUGUACCCCUCAACGUAACUUGACUACCUGCUUCAAUUAGACAGACUUUACACAUUCCAAGAUACAUUAUGUGGACACACUAAUCAUAACAUGGUUUUCAUGGCCAACCUGUUGUGGACCUGAACUGACAUUUGUUUCCCUCUUCAACAGAAAGCACCUACUGCUCACGCCAUUGGCCCUGAGGUCAGUGGAAAUGACUCAAGCAAAUCCGAGAACCUGGGCUUCAUCCAUGCCUUUGUGGCUGCCAUCUCUGUCAUCAUUGUCUCUGAGCUGGGAGACAAGACUUUCUUCAUCGCUGCCAUCAUGGCAAUGCGCUACAACCGCCUCACUGUGCUGUUGGGGGCAAUGCUAGCGCUUGGCUUUAUGACCUGCAUCUCAGGUUAGUGGGUGAGAGGGGGGGCCCCUGAUGAUUCUGGGGGUUUUCUGGUUCAAAAUGGGGUAUAGGUGGUGGGCAUGGCGGGGGUGUGGACAUGGCCGUGGUCAAUGGUGCAGUACCCGACUGAAAACGUUAGAGGCCCUCCUGUUUGCUGCAGUGGCCCAAUUUUGCGAUUUUAAAGCAAAUUUCAUGCAAUUCUACACAUUUUGCCAUGUGGCGGAGAUACAAUGUUGCAGUUUGCUAAUUUCCUGCAAUUCUACACAUUUUGCUAUGAGGCUGAGAGAAAGAAAUUCAGUUUUAAAGCAAUUUCCUGCAAUUCUACACAAUUUGCCAUGUCUUAUACUAUCUGAAUGACUCAAACAUUAUAACAACAUCAAUGACCAAAAUACUCCUGAAUGCAUACAUUUGAGUUUAACAUUCUCCCUGGCUGUCUAGCUUUUAUUUAGGUGAAUGUUAGUUAUCAAAGAUGAUCUUAUUAAAAAAUAUCUAGGUCCAUUAUAUUUUCUAAAUACUUUAUAUCGUAAACUUAAACAACAUUUGGGUUUAGGUUUACACAGAACAUUUUUCAAUCCCAACAAUUAUUUUCAUAAAAUAUUUAUUUAAAUGUUUUACUGUUUGGACAUAGACGGCCCGAAAAACACGUAGGUGGCCCACCCAAGACUUUUCUUUGCAGAAAAACCCCUGUGAUUGGAAUAGAUGUGACCUGGCUUCUAAGUUCGUUCAUGUAUCCCAAUUAGUGGAGAUACCACUGAUGCAUCCUGGGUUUGUCCGAAUGUUUGUGUGAAUAUUUGGAUCUGUACAGACUACAGGGCCAUCACCCUGCCUGUUCUUUGUCUAACCAAGACUUUCUUGUGUUUUUAUCAGUGAUGUUUGGCUAUGCCACCACUAUCAUCCCCAGGAUCUACACAUACUACGUGUCUACGGCUCUGUUCGCUAUCUUUGGUGUGCGCAUGCUGAGAGAGGGGCUGAAGAUGAGUCCAGAUGAGGGCCAGGAGGAGCUGGAGGAGGUGCAGGCUGAGAUUAAAAAGAAGGAUGAGGAGGUCUGUACACACACACGGCCUUUUCCCUACAUUUGCAUAUUGUUAUGCAUUUUCAUAUUACCCUGCCGUAUCUCUUGUUCUAGGGUUUCAAUGUUUGGCUUGUAUUCCUAUUUCCUAUAGCUGCAGAUGUCUAAGCUGGUAAAUGGGGCUCCAGAUGUUGAGUCGGGCUCAGGAUCAAGCCAUCCUCAGAGGAAGUGGCACAGCUUCAUCUCGCCUGUGUUCAUCCAGGCCUUCACCCUCACCUUCCUGGCAGAGUGGGGAGACCGCUCUCAGCUCACCACCAUCAUCCUGGGUGCCCAGGAGGUGAGUCCUGACAGACCCACUGUUGAGUCUGUCCGCUUGCCUAGUCAAAAUGGCACACUAUGGCAAAUGUUACACUUGACUUCAAGCCAUGGCUAUAAAGAUGCAAAGUAUUUUACAGUAGAUACAAAGUCAGUUAAUGAUUAAGGUCAGGAUGAAGGGUUACUGUUGCUGUGUAUACUCAAAAGGAAUUGUAUUGUUAAGGAAUUAUUCUUGUGCAUUCUUUCUACUGUACUGUCAUGCUUUUUGGUUCUAUGAGAGGGUUAAAGGUGUCAUAAACCAAUGCUCUGUCUCAGGAUCCUUUUGGAGUGGCAGUGGGUGGUACUCUGGGACACUGUCUGUGCACAGGACUGGCUGUGGUUGGAGGAAGGAUGAUUGCACAGAAGAUAUCUGUCAGAACUGGUAAUGUUUUUUUAUUUUCUUCCUUUCAGUGUUCCUGGUCAAGUGGUCAUCAUAGCCUAUACUGUAAUGAAUGUAGUAGUCAUUGGAAUUGUGUUUUGGACUUCUGUGUUUUUCUCUCCUCUUCAGUUACAAUCAUUGGUGGGAUCAUGUUCCUGGCCUUUGCCUUCUCUGCCCUCUUCAUCAAGCCAGAUGCUGGAUUCUAAUUGGAGGGAAGUUUUGUACAUACCUGUAAAGCUCAACUAUGUUUAUUAAGAGAGGCUGUGUGUGAGAGCGAGAAUGUGUGUUUGUGAGAAUGUGUGUGGUUUGAGAGAGAGAAAUAUGGAGAAUAUUCUCUAAUGGGACUUCGUGUCUGUGUGAAUUCUGUUCUCUUGUCUUACUGAGUCUGUGAUCCCUCACCGGUCUGAGUCCUGUGGCCUACACCCAGAACAAGACUUACCUCUCCCUCACACUCAGGCCCGUCAGUACUGAGCUUGGGUUCCGUUUGUUCAUUCAUUCCCCAUUCUUGGUUAUUAUUAUAUUAUGCUUUAAAAUCCUACUCCAGUCUCAUUUUCACCUCAUUUAACAUCUGAUUUACUUAACGGGGGGGGCUUUCCUCUUUUGUUCUCUAUUGUUCCUCAAGCAAGGGGGUGGUCAAUUACAUCAGAGGGCACCAUCAGACCAAGUGAUCGAAUGCCCUACUCCUUGAAGCUUGCAGUUGUCCCCCCCACCAAAAUAAAACAUGUGCAAAUAUUAUUUUUUUACCCUUGUGUGUGUACUUGGGAUAUUGCUUUUCAACAGGAAAAGUUAAAAAAAAAUUGCUGGAGGACGUCUU